AUCGAGUGCCUUCACGAUAGCGAUCGACAGUAUGUCUUUCGUGAUGCUGAAUAGACACAGCAAGAAAUAAAAUGUCACCAUUCAGGAGAAAAAAGUCUGGGAGAUCUUUUCCCGUCAAAGUCUGCACUUUGGAUGCAGAACUCGAAUUUAAUUUAGAGUGGAGAUCGACAGGCAGAGACUUGUUUGACCUGGUGUGCCGCACGAUAGGACUGAGAGAAACAUGGUAUUUUGGACUUCAAUACGAAGAUGCAAAAGGCUUUAUUUCUUGGUUAAAAUUAGACAAAAAAGGUAAUUUGCUAUUCGUUUGUUCGGUAUUUAGAUAUUUAUUGGAAUAGAUCUAAAUAAGCU